UCAAGUGCGACCUGAAUGAACUCGGCUCCUCGCUGCAAGCGGCGAUUGCCGCCAGCUCCAACUGAGCGAUGCCAACCACGUCAAGUGCAUCUCCGCCGGACGCAUUGUCUCCCCAAUGCCACGUUGGCAUCGCAGCAGCUCAAGAACAAUCAGCAGCUCAUCGUCAUCAUCGGACAGGGCGACAAUCACAAUGGAGCACUCCACGAUCGCAUCAACAAGAUCAAGGAAGAUGUCGAGGCUGUCGUUGCCUCACAGAAUCAACUCAUGGAGAUGGAGGAUCAGGAUGGCAAUCCCGUCUUCCUGCCGCCCAACGAGAAUCGAGCACUCUUGACGGGCAUGGGUUACUGUGAGAAGGCGCGAUCGGCGAUGCAUCGGGAGGAUUACGAGGAGGCGCUGCUCUUGUUGGAGGCGGAUGAGCAAUUCAAUACCUGUAAUUCCAAGUUUCUCGAGUCGGUGGAUAACUAUGCGCUGAUCAAUCUGGACAUUGUGUGGUGUUAUCUCUGCUUGAAAUGUCUCUCAGUUGCCGGAUGCAGAUCGUCGCCUCAACAUUUGUGAGCGGAGCUUUCGUCGCAGCUACGGGGAGAAUUAUUCGCGUCUGUAUGCGCUGAAGGGACGCGGUUGUCCGGAGCGUGCGUUGAUCAUGCGGCUGCAGUUGCUCCAAGGUGUUGUGCUCUUUCACCAGAAUCGUCGGAUGCUGCC